AGAAGAAUAUUAUCUCAGUUGCCGCUGCGUUGAUCCCAUCAGAGUCCUGUAAAGAAGAUGGCGGCGCUACGAGUCGUGGUACUCUCGGGGAGUGGGAGAACACUCCUUGGUACACUGAAAGCUAUCAGAACCCCCAGGGCCAGCAUGUCCUUCACCAGCCUGCCACGGAACAAGAAGGUUGCCCUGACAACACUAGGUGUGGUCACAGCUGGUGGGGCGGGUCUUGCCCUGAUGCUUCACCAGUCUGUCAAAGCGUCUGACCUGGAGCUUCACCCUCCUCAUUACCCCUGGAGCCAUGCUGGACCUCUGUCCUCUCUGGACCACGCUAGUGUUCGUCGUGGUUACCAGGUGUAUAAGCAGGUGUGCUCAGCCUGCCACAGUAUGGAAUACUUGGCAUUCAGAAAUCUAGUGGGAGUGUCACACACAGAGGCUGAGGUGAAGGCCAUCGCUGAGGAGGUUGAAGUUGUGGAUGGUCCUGAUGAGAAUGGAGAGAUGUUCACCCGCCCCGGUAAGCUGUCAGACUAUUUCCCAAAGCCCUACCCCAAUGCUGAAGCUGCCAGAGUCGCGAACAAUGGAGCCCUGCCUCCAGAUCUCAGCUACAUAGUCAAUGCAAGACAUGGAGGAGAGGACUAUGUGUUCAGCUUGCUGACAGGCUACUGUGAACCUCCAGCAGGAGUGACUGUGAGAGAGGGGCUCUACUACAACCCAUAUUUCCCUGGCCAGGCAAUUGGCAUGGCCCCACCCAUCUACAACGAGAUUCUGGAGUUUGAAGACGGAACCCCUGCCACCAUGAGUCAAGUUGCUAAGGAUGUGUGUACCUUCCUGAGGUGGGCCGCCGAGCCAGAGCAUGACCAGCGCAAACGCAUGGGACUGAAGAUGUUAAUGGGCUCAGCCAUCCUCAUCCCUCUGCUGUACUACAUGAAGAGACACAGGUGGUCUGUACUGAAGAGCAGGAAGAUUGCCUACAGGCCUCCCAAGUAAACAAGAACAAACACACCCCACAAUGGGCCUAAACCCACCAGCGAGGAUGUGUUCAAUGACCCCACAACGCUCAGCUCACAGCUGUCAAAUGGACUCGAAACAACUGACCAACACAUACAUGCCUUUCAAACAGUGUAGAGAUAUAAGAAUAUAUACAUUCAUAACUGGUUAUUUCUGUGCGAAAUGCCUUUCUUUUUGUUGUUGGCAUGAUUCAUGGAAGUGCAGGUUUGUGUCGGAGAGUUGCUGGGUCCUGGAACGCACCCUCCAGAAAGUGACUUGCGAAUAGUCAUCAUUGGUGUCUAUCACAUCGUAUCAGACUAUUUCCCCACAAUGAACAGUUUAUUAAUUAGUCUUUCUAAGAUACCAAUGGGAGUGCUGAGAAAUGGUUCUAACAUGCUCGGUGUGUGUAUUUUCAUCCUCCCCUUAUCUCUCCACUAAGCCGCUGAGUGGAUCAAAUGCGACCUCUGAAACUCGUUUUAGUGUAUAAAAUAAAUUAUCUUAAAACAAAUUUUGUGUGUGUGGCGCAUUGUUUUGUUUCUUGCAUGAGAUGUAGGCACACCCAGCUCUCCCAUUGCUGCUCAUUGUUCCAAUUAUUUAUGUUUGACACGUUGUAAAAUCUCCAUCUACCCUUUGCCAUGUAUAUACUUAAUAAACUGAUGAACCA